AUGGGGGUUAAAGGCAUGACCGCUCUGGUGGCGACUCACUGGAGGAUCUACCAGGACGUCCGGUUCAGCGACCACCGGCUGGUGGUCGACGGCUGCAACCUACUGUACAUGCUGUACUUUGACUCCGGUCUGGACCAGAACCACGGCGGGGACUACGCUACCUUUGAGGUCCUAAUUGAGAAGUUCAUCAAAGCCCUCAGAAGAUGCCAGAUCUCGCCGUACGUGGUUAUUGAUGGAGGCUCGGACUACACCGACAAGAAGCUCCCGACGCUGACUCUAAAAGCCCAGGAGCGGAUCCUGAAGGCCCACCGAGCGGCGGAGGGCAACCGGCCGAUGGGUGUCCUGCCACAGCUGGUCAAGCUGGUCUUCAGACAGACGCUGGACCGGCUGGAGGUCCCGCUGGCUCAGUGCUACGGAGAGGCGGACCGCGAGAUCGCCGCCCUGGCCAGGGAGUGGCGCUGCCCGGUGCUGUCCGGAGACAGCGACUUCUUCAUCUUCGACCUCCCGGCGGGGCUGCUGCCCCUCUCGGACUUCAAGUGGCAUGCGCUGGAGCAGAGCGGCUCGCGGAGCUACGUCCCCUGCAAGAACUACACCAGCUCCAGCUUCUGCCUUUUCUUCAAUGUCGGGCAGCAGCUGCUGCCCACCUUCGCCACCUUGGCUGGGAACGACUCCGUGAGGCUGCCGCACGGCUCCGUCGACUGGGCUCGGUUCGUCCCGGAGGACAGCGGGGCGACGAGGCGCCUGGAGGGGCUGCUCCGCUGGCUGAAGGGGUUCCGCCAGCCUCAGGAGGCCUUGGAGGCGGCGCUGGAGCUGAUGGGAGACAUGAGCAGCGAGAGGAAAGCAGAGCUGCUGAAGGCCUUGCGUCUGGGGGUGGAGGAGUACCAGCUGCCCCCCUGCUUCCUCCAGAGGUUCUUCCUCCAUGGGACGGCUCCUCCUUUCCCAGCAGAAGUGGCGGAUCUGGUUCCAGACUGGACCUGGCUGCCCCUGACUCAGGCCCGGCUGAAUCCAGGGAUCCUGGACCUGCUGCUGCUGCAGAGGAUGAAUCACACCUUCCCCGUAGGCCCCGCCCACCUGCCCAGUGCUCACCUGGUGUCCAGGCCGCUCCGACAGGUGAUGUACGGGCUGCUGCUGGGAGGCGGGAGGCAGGUGGAGGAGAGAGACAGAGACGGCCUCCGGCUCGCCUUGAUCCCCGUCCAGCCCACCUUCACAGGGGGCUCCAGGCAGCUGCUGCUCCCCUCCCUGGACCAGGUGCAGCUCUCUCAGCGUCUGCAGGUGUUGCUGGAGGCUCUGCAGGUGACGGAGGCCUCUCUGAGCCGGCUGCCCCCUCAGCUGCGCCUCCCGGUGGCCGUCACCUGCUACUGGCUGCAGAGCGCUGCGCCUCCCCCAGAGGAGGAGGUGCUGGAGGCGCUGCUGCUGGGCCUGAGCACUGGAGCUCCCCCGAGGCCCCCAGCAGGCUGUACGAGGGGACGGCGCUCCACCAGCUGGUCCACCGGAUGCGGUCUGAAGGACGGCCGCUCGGGAGGAACCGUGGCCCGAGUCUGGACCUCCUUCAGAGCCUCCGGGCCGUCGUCCAACAGUUCCAGAAGACGGCUCCGCAGCCUCUGGACGACCUGGGCCCCCGGCCUGCAGCGCCUGAUCCUGAACGAGGACCGGGAGGCCGCGACUGAAGCCGGCUGCUCGGUCGGGGUUCAGGAGGAUCUGGGACUCGCUGACCCGGUCUCGGUGAGAACUCGGCACCGAAACAAAGAGAGAAACAACCGGUGCAGGAACCCAGAACUGUCCCGCAAAGAGGAGUGCCGGGGCUUCCUCUGGUCCUGAGACUGGACCCCCCAUCCUGGUCCUGGUCCUGUUCCUGUUCCUGGUCCUGUUCCUGAUCCUGGUCCUGGUCCUG